ACUUAAUGAAUUAAAACAAAAAUAAUUAUUAUAAUUACGUAAUAUUUCAUAAGCAAGAAUAUAAUGUUCACCCUAACUUACAAUUAUUUAACAUUAAUUAAUCUGUGAUCAUAUAAUUAAGAAAACUAUUCAAAUAAACGAUUGUGUAACAGUCACAAAAGUAGAUAUAAUAAUAUAAAGUAAAUACAAUAUCAUAUUGUUCAAGUUGAUAAUAACGUAAAAAUUAACCUACAAAAUAUUUCCAGAGAUAAUAUAAAUAAAGCGGUUGUAGAAAAGCAAUGAUGAUGAACUUACAACAUAAAAUAUGCAUGGUAUCUGACUUUUUUUAUCCCAAUAUGGGUGGCGUUGAAGAGCAUAUAUUUAAUUUGUCACAAUGUUUAUUAGAACGAGGACAUAAGGUUGUGAUAUUAACACAUUCGUACAAAGAUCGAAUUGGUAUACGUUAUAUGACCAAUGGAUUAAAGGUAUAUUAUAUUCCAGUCAAAGUAUUUUAUAAUCAAUGUAUCUUGCCAACGAUGAUAUGUUCUAUUCCUCUAAUUCGAUAUAUACUUAUUAGAGAAGAAAUAGAGAUAAUACACGGACAUUCUGCAUUUUCUGCUUUAGCGCACGAAGGAAUGUUAAUUGGCAGAUUAAUGGGAUUAAAGACAGUAUUCACAGAUCAUUCAUUGUUUGGAUUUGCAGAUGCAUCUGCUAUUUUAACAAAUAAAUUUUUAGAAAUUUCUUUAGCAGAUUGUAAUCAUUGUAUAUGCGUAUCGCAUAUAGGAAAAGAAAAUACUGUUUUGCGAGCAAAAGUUCAUAAAGAAAAAGUAUCUGUUAUUCCAAAUGCUGUGGAUACCAUGCUUUUUACACCAGAUAUUAACAAACGUAAUAAUGAUUUCAUUACUAUAGUAGUAAUAUCACGAUUAGUAUACCGAAAAGGUGUAGAUCUCCUAGCUCAUGUAAUACCUGAAAUAUGUUUGCGACAUAAAAAUGUAAACUUCUUAAUUGGAGGGGAUGGUCCAAAACGAUGGCUUAUAGAAGAAAUACGAGAAAGAAAUUUAUUACAGCACAGGGUUACGUUGCUUGGAAGUUUGGAACAUGCUCAGGUCAAACAUGUUUUAAAUAAAGGUCAUAUUUUUUUAAAUACUAGUCUCACGGAAGCUUAUUGUAUGGCAAUUGUUGAAGCUGCCUCUUGUGGUUUACAAGUUGUAUCUACUAAAGUCGGAGGAAUACCUGAAGUAUUACCUCCAGAUUUGAUUUACUUGGUGGAACCAACAGUAUCAGAUCUUAUUAAAGGAUUAGAACAAGCUAUGUCUGACUAUAUGAAAGGAAAUAUAAGUCAUCCAUUUGAUGUGCAUAGAAGAAUAAGUUUAUUUUAUAAUUGGUUCAACAUCAGUAAAAGAACUGAAAUUGUUUACAACUUAGUCUCAAAUGAAGCAAAGAAAAAUUUAGGUCAACAAUUAACAAGCUAUAUUCAGAGUGGUGUAUUACCAUAUCUGCUAGUUGUAUCACUGUGUUAUAUUAUAUUAAAAAUUUUAGAAUAUAUAGUUCCUAGAAAGUAUAUUGACAUUGUAAAGGAUUAUAAAGAAAAACAUAUAGCAUCGUCAAAGGAGAGAAAAUAGUAAAAAAAAAAAAGGAAAUCUUUAGUAAAAUUUAUUCAAUUAUUUUAUCGAUUAUUUAUGAUUUACCAAGGAAACAUAAAUCUUUUUUGGACCAUUUGAACUAAAUUGUCUUUUUAUAUCACUACACCUUUUAUAUAGUAUACAAAAACUGUAUGUAUAAAGUAUUUUUUAUAUUUAUUAGAAUUUUAUACGAACGCAUAUU